CACCUCGCCUCUGUUCCUCAAUUUUCCGAUGAAAGAAGAAGAUUGAAGAGAACAAGAUCCAAAUCCAAAACCCAACCCUCUACCGAGAUAGAUUUCUUUUCCUAAGUUCUGUGAAGCAAUGUAGUUGUAGCUUAGAUCCGAUCCCGUUAGCGGCGAAAAAUAUGAAAAGAAUGGAGUUUUCGGAUUCGGGGACGGCGGACGGAGGAGUGGAGCUUAGCCUCGGGCUCUCCAUCGGCGGGAGCUCCCGGAGGGCCACGAAUACAGGUCCAGUCCGUCACGGAGCCGCUACCCUGUUAGGAUCCGGCGAGGGUCUUCCCUUCGACGGCGGAGACCAUCUCCGGCGGCGGGAGGCGAAGAAAAAUGGUUUCUUUGGUGGUGGCAAUGGCGUUCCGGUGGACGAUCGGGCGGCGCAGGAGGUCCAGGCUCUGGAAUUGAGAGCCAGAAACCGGGAGGCGAGGGAGAGAGAGGCGUUCGCGGCCGACCGGAGGGGGAGGGAGAGCGACGGCCGAAUCGGCGGAAUUGCUCGAAUCCCUUGCCCUCACCCUAAUAACCAAAAUCCGGUGGCGUACGGUUCGCAUCCGUUCACGGCGAUGGCAAUGCAGUAUCCUUACCACCGGGUGCAGUACCUGCCGAUCCCGAAUGGGCUCGGAUUUUCCUUUGUGAUGCCUUGCUGGGCUCCGGCGGUUUCACGGGUGGCCUCCAAUGGGUCGACCGAUGCUGAGAUGAAUGUGCUCCAGCAGGUGGCUCGCCGGAUCUCGCCGGUUUCAGUGCCAGCAGUGAGUGCUGAUGGUGGCAUCAGUGGGGCUCGCUAUUUGGACAUGAAGGGUGGAAAUGGAAUUGGGGUUAAUGGAGCCCCUUUGUCGAUUAAUUCUCCUAGGAGCUGCUCGUCGGGGCUUUCCGAUCACAAGAGUGGUUCGCUUCCAGGAUCGUGCAUCAGCACUGAUACAAGGAGCCAUUCAACCCACACCAUGGCAGAGAAGCCUGGCUCGCAACCAUCAUCACAAGUCAGCAACUCUCAAAGGCAUGCAUCACCUUUACCCAAAGGCAGCGACGAAGGCACCGAGAAGAUCAUCACCAGCACUGCAGGGUCUAGCUUGGUGUUGAACUCGGCCACUUCAGCGAUGGGGAAACUCGAUCGUGCAACUUCGGUGAACAAACCAAUCUCGAGCGCAGAGGAUCAGAACCCAAAUGGCUCAUCCUCUCUACCUCGAAUGCCCUAUGUCUCAACUACAGGGAAUGGACCCAAUGGAAGAACCAUCACCGGUUUCCUCUACACCUACACAAAGUCAGAGGUGAGCAUCAUUUGCGUUUGCCAUGGAAGCUCCUUUUCACCAGAGGAGUUCGUGAGGCAUGCUGGGGGUACUAACAUUGCACAUCCCUUGAGGCAGAUAGUUGUCGUUCCUUGAAGAAUUGAGGAGAGUUCUAUGCUCUUGUUUCAGUCUCUCUAGGUUGGUGUUAGGCUUCUGUCAGCUUUUGUUGUUUGGACUCUCUUAGAGUUAGGAAGGAGUACAGAGAUAGAAGGUAGUGUUGGUGGGGAAAUUUUAGUAGUUGGCUGUUCAGCUUAGGUUUGAAGGACACCUUGUAAAUCUUUUGAACUCUUGCUAACAAAGGGCUGAAUGAGGUUUUAUUUAUGUUC